AUGGAGGCGACAGAUGGCUAUCUUGCAAGCAACGGCGACUGCUCUCCAAGGAAGGAGAACUCGAGAAUGCUGGUGGACCUGUCGGCCAACACGCCCAACGGGCAACACUCCCAAAGUCCCGUGUCCCCUAACGCACAUACAAUCAAACAAGAGGAAGGGACUGAAGAGGAGGGAGAGAGGAGAACCGUAGGCCCUGAUGAGACAGGCCAGAGUGGUGAAGAAGGAUCAGGAUUGGAAGAGCCCAUGAUUGACAGUCCAAACAACCUACAGGAUGUUGCACCCGGAACAGAGAGUCCAGCUGAGACGGGGAUACGAUUGCCCAAUGGGGACAGGCCUUUCCAGUGCAACCAGUGUGGAGUUUCAUUCACGCAGAAGGGUAACCUUCUGAGGCACAUCAAACUGCACACGGGUGAAAAGCCUUUCAAAUGCCCAUUCUGUAGCUAUGCCUGUCGACGACGCGACGCCCUGACUGGACACCUUCGCACACACUCAGUGGGUAAACCACACAAGUGCAACUAUUGUGGGAGGAGUUACAAACAGCGCACAUCAUUGGAGGAACACAAAGAACGCUGCCAUAACUACCUCCAGAGUGUUGGCAUGGAUCCCAGCACCAAUACUGGCCCAUAUCCAGCUGACGUUCCCAAGGAGCAGAGGGCACUGCCUGAGUCCGCUGGGAUGGUGCCCUUUGACCGGCCUCCAGUCAUCGAGAGACUGCAGAGUAACGUGGGCAAGAGGAAAAGCACCACGCCACAGAAGUUUGUGGGUGAGAAGAUGGUACGUUACUCCUACAACGACAUCAACUAUGACAUGAGCAUGAAGUACGAGAAGGAGGCUGAGCUCAUGCAGGCUCACAUGAUGGACCAGGCCCUGGGGGUUCUCCCGUACAUGGGUUCUGACACUCUCAGGCCUGUCUUACACCACCCGCCGCUCUCCAUGGCUGAGGUCGUCCCCAUGGUCAACCCUCUCUUCCACCCCGUCUAUUCCCUGGGGCAGCGUCUGGAUAGGCCCAGCAGCCGAGAAGGCCCGCCCCUUCCGCACCCCCCGCCCGAAGGCUUCCCGUCCCAGAACGGCGCAAUACCCUUAGUCAGGUCCAAGAAUGUCCAAGCGGGACGGGAAGGGUCGCCUGGCAACAGCCCCCAGGAUUCUGCCGAUUCCGCUCGGAGCAGCCCCCGCGAGAAACUGGCCAAUCACAGCAACGCCCAGUCCAGGUCCAGGACCAGCCCGGGCUACGCGCGGGGGGAGGAGGUGAGAGUGGUGGAGGCCGGCCCCGGAGCGGUCCGGGUCGGGUCGAGUCGGGAGGCCGUACGUGUGUUCAGCCGCGAGGGACAGGAGCUGAGGGCCUUUCAGUGCGAGCACUGCCGAGUGCUUUUCCUGGACCACGUCAUGUACACCAUCCACAUGGGUUGUCAUGGUUACAGGGACCCGCUGGAGUGCAACAUCUGCGGCCACUGCAGCAAGGACCGCUACGAAUUUUCUUCGCACAUCGUACGAGGGGAACACACCUUUCGUUAA